AUGGGUAUUGUGAGGCCCAUUCUCGGAGCGCUGGCUACGGCCGUCUUGCUGGCUGAUGUGGCGGCCAGCACACAAGGCGUUGACAUCGCACGCGCCUUCCGAGCCACAGAGAUGCGCAGGGCCCUGCCAGACAACCCGAGCGGCGGCUACGCGCCGGCCAUUGUCGACUGCCCGUCAUCGCGGCCGGCUGUCCGGAAUGCGACGCGGCUCUCGCCCAACGAGACGGAGUGGCUAUCGACGCGGCGGAACAACACCAUGGAGCCCAUAACGGCCCUGCUCAAGCGCAUCAACAUCACUGGCUUCGACGUCGAUGAGUUCAUGUCGAGCGCGGGCAAUGACGCCACGGUCCUCCCCAACAUUGCCAUUGCGGCCUCGGGCGGUGGCUACCGGGCGCUGAUGAAUGGCGCGGGCUUCAUCGCCGCAGCAGACAGCCGUGUGGCCGGCUCCAACGAAACAGGAGGCAUCAGUGGCCUGCUGCAGUCGGCGACAUACCUCGCGGGCCUGUCUGGCGGCGGCUGGCUGGUGGGCUCCAUCUAUGCCAACAACUUUUCGACAGUGCCUGCGCUGCAAGCAGGAAACCCGGACACGGGCCUGUGGGCGUUCGACAGCAACAUCCUUGAGGGACCGUCCACAUCAGGCGCAGGCCUGCUGUCGACAGCCGAGUACUGGGCAACCAUAUACGGCGAAGUGCAGAGCAAGGACAAGGCCGGCUUCAACACGUCCCUCACCGACUACUGGGGCCGCGCGCUCUCGUUCCAGCUCAUCAACGACGCGUCCGGCGGGCCGGCCUACACCUUCUCGUCCAUCAGCCGCACGCCUGGUUUCAACGACGCCGAGCAGCCGCUGCCGAUCCUGGUCGCCGACGAGCGCAGUCCUGGUACGCUGCUGAUCUCGCUCAACUCGACCGUGUUCGAGUUCAACCCGUGGGAGAUGGGCUCCUGGGACCCGACCGUGUACGGUUUCGCGCCGCUCGAGUACAUUGGCUCCAACUUCACCAACGGCACCGUCUCGAAUGCCACGGGCCAGCAGUGCGUCAGGGGGUUCGACCAAUAUGGUUUCCUCAUGGGCACCAGCAGCAGCCUGUUCAACCAGCUAUUGCUCCUGAACAUCUCGUCACUCAACGUCCCUGGGUUUGUGCAAGACGCCCUGACAAGCUUGGCCAGCGAGCUGGGAGAGGACGACGACGAUAUUGCCCAGUACGCCCCUAAUCCGUUCUUCCACUACAACGACCAGACCAAUCCCAACGCUUUUGACGACCAGCUGAGCCUCGUCGACGGCGGCUCAGACCUGCAAAAUAUCCCCCUGCACCCUCUAAUCCAGCCUGAGCGUGCUGUCGACGUCAUCUUUGCCAUUGACUCCUCGGCCGACGUCAACAACUGGCCCAAUGCCACUGCUCUCCGCGCGACUUACCAGCGCAGCCUCGAGCCCAUCGGCAACGGCACAAAGUUCCCCGCGAUUCCUUCAGCCGAGACCUUCAUCAACCUCGGACUCAACCGCCGCCCGACAGCAUUCGGCUGCAACGCCGGCGUCGCCAGCUCAAACAGCACGUCCAACAGCAGCACCAGCGCCGUCAGCGGUAAUGUCGACUAUCCGCUCGUCGUCUACAUCCCCAACACGCCAUACACGGCGCUGAGCAACGUAUCGACGUUCCAGAUGAGCUACGACGACGCCACGCGCAAUGACAUCAUCCAGAACGGGUACAACGUCGCAACCAUGGGCAAUGGCACGCUUGACGCCUCUUGGCCGAAGUGCGUGGGCUGCUUCAUCCUAGAGCGCAGCCUGGUCCGCACGGGGAGGGCCAUCCCCACCGAGUGCCAGGCGUGCUUCCGUCGCUUCUGCUACAAUGGCACCGUCGACAACACCCCCGUUCCGUCGUUCGAGCCGAUCCCGUUCCUCCAGCUCACGAACGCCAGCUCGACUGGCGGUGCGCCCACCGCCACAGCUGGCUCGGCGAACCCGAGCCACACCAAUGCCGCUGCUCGGGUCGUCGGCGGCCUCGGGUACGAUGGAGCCGUUACUGCGUUUCUUGUUGCCCUGGGAGCGCUGGCGGCUUUGUUGUAG